GCCCAGCCCCAAACCUCAGCUUGCAAAGGAGAUCAAGGGCCGGCCUCCAGAACUGGGAUGUGUCGGGCCCUGAGGGUGAGGCGGGAGGCGGGAGGCUGGACACUGACCCAGUCGGCUCCGAGCCCCCAACCUCUGUAGUCUCCAACCCCAGAACCUGUGAGUCUUCUCCUUCCGGGACUCCGGACCCUCAGGUCCCCCGGGCCGCAGGAGCCUCCGGAUGCGGCAGCCCGGCUAGCCUGAGCCCAGCUAGGGAUUUCCUGGACCCAGAAGCUUUCCCCCUCACCUCGGGUCCCCCGACUGUCCAGAGAUCUGAGAGUGCCGGGGUUCUAAACAUCGGUACAUUUUUUGAGAGUAAUUAGAAUCUGCAACUGACAAGGCAACAGUAGCUUUCUAAAGAAGUCAAGCCGCUCCCGACUGCUCUUCAUAACUAGUUUAAUAACAUUAUAAAUUGUCCUAAAGUAACUAGAACAACGUGACUGAUAGCAGGUACUAAGAGCAACAGUGACAUUAUUCAUGACUGAAGAAAUAACUAGAACAUGGAUUGUAGAGACAUUGACAAAGACCAGCGAAGCAGUAGCGACAGAGUUGAAAAUGGUAAAGUACCAGAAAUUAUCGACCUGGUGCUAUAAUAAUGAUGAUGAGAGGAGAAAGAUACAUUAAGGACCCGGGAAGCAUGCUUUAGGUAUCAAGUUGCCUGAGAUAACCAGAACAGCACAGCCCUUGUCAUGACAAGCAAAGCAUUAAGAAAAAGAAAAGAAAGAGAAAGGAAGGAAAGAAGGAAGGAAAAGAGAAAGAGAGAGAGAGAGAAGAAGAAGAAGAAGAAAGAAAGAAAGAAAGAAAGAAAGAAAGAAAGAAAGAAAGAAAGAAAGAAAGAAAGAAAGAAAGAAAGAAAGAAAGAAAGAAAGAAAGAAAGAAAGAAAGAAAGAAAGAAAGAAAGAAAGAAAGACCUAUUCCGAAUAACGGACCUCGAUUGGAAAGGCUCAUAUCAAGAGACAAAAAUAGCACCUAAGGAUUUUGUGAAGGGAAAGAGGAAAAUGUUAGGGGAAUCCCUCGCCUGAAAUUGAGGACAAUUGCCCCAGGAACGGGUAGGGAAAAAAGGAAAUAACAUUAUAUAUAUGGAAUAGUGUGAAUUGCAGUAAUCAGAGCAACAAGAGAAAGUUACUCGUUGUAAUAAACCAAACAAUUUAGGGUCUCUCCGUAAGAUGAUCUAUGACCCAAGAAUGACAAUAACUUUCAAUAUUCUUAAGGAAAGUUCUGGUUAAGGAGAAUUAUAAUUUACUCUAUUAGGAAUUAGAACAAAUAUAUCAAUAAUCACAUUAAGGAAGAGCUGCAAUGGUUAUGACGCCACAGAGGUUUUUGUUUUUGUGAAGGAAGGAAAUAGAGAAAAAAGAAAGCAGGAAGGGGAAAGGGGAAGAAAGGAACGAAAAGAGAAAGAAGGAAUAAAGAGAAGGGGGAAAAAAGAAGGGAACUCAAAGAGGGAACCGCGGAUCAAAUAACGGGAACACAUUGAAAACUGCAGAAACAGUGCAGGAAUUGCUUCGGAUUUCCCCACCCCAAAUCGGCGCACUCGCAACUGGAUGGCUACUGAAAGCUUGCUCGGGGCUGGGAGAUUCUCGUCUAAGUUACGGUCUUGCAAAGGUGAAAGAACUGACGGAAAUGGAGGUUGGGAUGCUACGGAAUGACGGUCACCUGCAAGACCGCUGGAACAGCAGCAGCUUUGACAGCAAGACCAGAAAAGAAAAACAGCCACAAAGCCGGGAGAAGUCGAAUAUAGAGCAGGAAGAGGGGAAUUCUAGCCUUCAAAGAGCCGGGAAAGGCUUGCGAACUAGAGUAACUCAAAGUUCGCCCGUGGCUACAGAGAACGGAAUGACUGCAGGCAGGGUGGGCUAGGAUGGAGCUUUUGUGACUUGGGUCAUCUGAAGACUGGAACAGCGAUAGUAACUGAAAAUCAGUUGGGAUCGCCAGCCACCCUCUACGGGCAGCAACUUGAGCCGGGUCCUUGAGAAUCUACGAGGCCCCCACCCAUCUCCUAGAUGGAGAAGACUUCUGGAAGGCUCGGUGGUUCCUGUCAGCCACCAUACCUGGUUAACCCCAGCAGCCACACUACCUUUAAGCGGAGGCUGCUUCCCGGUGAAAUGGACCAGCUACCUGCAUUCCCCACCCUUCACAUCCAUCAUCCUUGCCAUCAACUGGGAGCCAGGCUUUUCUGGGUUCAGCACUGAGCUGCCCUGGGCUACUUGGCCGUCAGGAGGGCUUUUAGGAAAGCAGUGCUGCAGCCCUCAGAGCUGGGACCGCUGUUUACCUGGAAGAGACAAGAAGGAAGGCAAGAAGGAGCAGCCACUGGAGCACAGGACUCCGGACUGUUGGUGUCCAAAGGCCCAGAAGAAGGCCUGGGCCUGUCUGUUGCACUCUCCAGAGCUCCAGCAAACCUAAGCUGGCCUAAUGGAGUUCCUCCGGAGUCAGGGGGCAGCCCGGUUUCAUACAUCUCUGGAGGUGUCUGGGACUGGCAGGAGAUGCUUCAGGACAAGGGCCUUUCUGAGAGUGAAGAGGGCUUCAGAGCCCCAGCCCCUGCACAUGGAGAUCAGGCUUCAGCUCCAGAGCCAGCUUUGGGUGGACAGGGCCUUACUGGUACUCCCCUCAGCAGCCCCCAGGGCCAAGAUGCUGAGCAGACAAUCGAGAAUAUCAAGGUGACCCUGCACGAGAAGGAACUGUGGAAGAAAUUUCACGAAGCAGGGACCGAGAUGAUCAUCACCAAAGCCGGCAGGAGAAUGUUCCCCAGCUACAAGGUGAAGGUCACAGGCAUGAACCCCAAGACCAAGUACAUUUUGCUGAUUGAUAUCGUCCCAGCAGAUGACCACCGAUAUAAAUUUUGUGAUAACAAAUGGAUGGUGGCGGGAAAGGCAGAGCCUGCGAUGCCAGGAAGACUGUACGUGCAUCCAGACUCUCCAGCUACAGGGGCGCACUGGAUGCGGCAGCUGGUCUCCUUCCAGAAGCUGAAACUGACCAACAACCACCUGGACCCUUUUGGGCAUAUCAUUCUCAACUCUAUGCACAAAUACCAGCCUCGGCUGCACAUUGUGAAGGCUGAUGAGAACAAUGCCUUUGGCUCCAAGAACACGGCUUUCUGCACACAUGUGUUCCCAGAGACCUCCUUCAUUUCAGUGACUUCCUACCAGAACCACAAGAUCACUCAACUCAAAAUCGAGAAUAACCCAUUUGCCAAAGGAUUCCGGGGCAGUGAUGACAGUGAUCUGCGUGUGGCUCGCUUACAGAGCAAAGAAUAUCCAGUGAUUUCUAAAAGCAUCAUGAGGCAAAGACUUGUCUCCACUCAGCUUUCUGCUAAGCCUGAUGUAAGCCCCCUGCAUGGAGCCCAUCAGGCGCUCCAACAUUAUCAGUACGAGAAUGGGGCACACAUGCAAUUUGCUGCCGCCGAAGGGCAAGAUCUACCCCUUAACACCUUCCCAGGGCAGAGAGACUCGGGGCUGUUCUAUCACUGCCUGAAGAGACGAGACAGCGCCAGGCACCUGGACUUGCCCUGCAAACGCUCCUAUCUGGAAGCCUCAUCCUCCGUGGGAGACGAUCACUACUUCCGCUCGCCGCCCCCUUACGACCAGCAGAUGCUGAGUCCCUCCUACUGUAGCGAGGUAACCCCCCGGGAAGCCUGCAUGUACUCGGGCUCCGGGGCCGAGAUCGCAGGAGUAUCAGCCGUGGAUGACCUGCCCCCGCCCCCGCUGAGCUGUAAUAUGUGGACGUCGGUGGCCCCGUACACUAGCUACAGUGUUCAGACAAUGGAGACUGUGCCUUACCAGCCCUUCCCUGCUCAUUUUACUGCCACCACUAUGAUGCCCCGGCUCCCCUCCGUGUCCACGCAGAGCUCCCAGCCUCCGGGGAACACCCACUUCAGCAUCUAUAACCAGCUCUCGCAGGCCCAGGCCCGAGAGCGAGGGCCGUCCACCUCGUUUCCGAGAGAUCGUGGGCUGCCCCCGGUGUGUGAGAGGAAGCCCCCAUCCCCACACCUGAACGCUGCUGCCAAUGAAUUCCUCUACUCCCAAAGCUUCUCCUUGUCCCGGGAAUCUUCCUUACAGUAUCAUUCAGGAAUGGGGACUGUGGAGAACUGGACUGAUGGAUGACUCGGAGGUCCCGUGGCCACCAGACAGUGUUCCUGAUCCAGGACCAUGUUAAUCCAGUGUUGACCCCCGGGAGUAGCCUGCACAAGAAAGAAGCCUACAUAGCCUCGCCUUUUUCCAAGGAGGGGAAGGGUGCCUUUGGAGAGCACCCACUUCCUGACCCACAACAAGGGCCAUGGCAUGAAGGCCCAACAAUGACCAAAGAAGUCCCUUCCAUCCAGCCUGGUCUGGCAGAUCUCUGGCAGUCCCUAAAGGGUGGGAGUUGGGGUGGGAGGGUUGGUGGGGCUUGGGCAUCUUUAGGAAGUUUCCACAGCACAAUCCCGGUUGGCUCAGGGGCUGGGGCCUCAUCCAGGACAAAAAGUGCGAGUCAUUUCAGGGAUGGAUUGCCAUGGUUUGGGGCGAUUAUAGACACAGUCUGGAAUCUGAUCUGGUACAGUUUUGGGAAAGGGCCAUCCACAACUUUGUUUUUUGGCUCCUCAUGAGCCCCUCAGAGAUCCAGGAAAGGAAAACCCAUAGGGGAGUCAAGCAGGGCCAGGGAGAUGACAGGUACCUUAACAUAGUUUUCUAUUUUUUUUCUUCAAUUUAGAAUUAAGCCAGUAGAGAAAAUGUGACCAAGAGUAUCUCCUGUCAUUGUUCAGUUUGGUGCAUUGCGUUCCUGGCCUUUGCCCCCCUCCCCUCACCCCUCUCCCCUAUACACAUGUGAGAACCCCAUCUCUCAGCUUCCAUCUGCAUCCCAGAAUUAGCACUCAAGAAAUAUAAGCUUUACCUGGAUGUGCCAGCAAGAGGCUAUUCUGGAACCAGUCAGGUAUCCCUUGGAGAGAGUUCUGUCUCCUGGAGAAUCCCUGCCUUGGAGGAAAAAAGCCCAACAGAAAUAAAAAUGGGAGUUGAGAAAACAUACACUUCUUCCAGAGAAUCCAGCCAGAGGCACGAGAAGGAUUCUCAAACCAAGCUAAGCCCAGGCCAGUGAUAAGGAUGUUUUCUACCAUUUCCCCCGCAUUGGAUAUCACCAGACUAUUGUGUGACUGGUGUAGACUCUGUAAUCCAAUUUGGGAAAUCACUACACUCUUUGCAUGCUGAAUAGCUAUUUAUAUAUUAUAUAAAUAUAUAUCACCAAGGCAGGCCACGUGUCCAUUUCAGCUUUUGCUUUUACAAUCAAAAUACUUAAUUAAAAAAAUGAAUGUUGCGAGCGUUUUCGGGAAGACAUUUAUUUAAGAUUUUUUAAUUACACCUUUUGAUGUAAAAACUAAGAACUGGUUAGAUAAAACCUAUAUAUUCUACAGAUAAAUCUUUAUUAGAAACCACGUUAGAUACAGGUGGUGGGGAACAUUAAGUGUUUUUAUUACAUAGCAUGGACGUUUUAUUUUACAUAUCAGAACAUAAAGCCAUUUUUUCAACUCUGAA